UCUCCCAAAAUUGGGCCAUGGCUAACCUUACGUGCUCAUUCCAGCGGUUUUCUUUGAUCUUCCUGUUGAUCUUCCUCGGUGUUGAUGCUCUCAACAUCAUUCCAAGGUUAGGAAUUUCAAGGAAAAUCGAUAAACAACAUAAACCACAAAUCUCGUCUGGCCUGAAACUGGCCGAGGACCUCCGGACAUUCUACUAUACCCAAACACUUGAUCACUUCAACUACAGACCAGACAGCUACGCCACUUUUCGACAAAGGUAUAUGAUAAAUUCUAACUACUGGGCUGGACCUAACUCGAGCGCGCCCAUUUUUACAUACCUUGGUGCAGAAGAGCCCGUGGACGACGAUAUAAAUGUUGUUGGAUUCCUCAGAGAAAACGCCCCUCAAUUCAAUGCUCUUAUUGUUUAUGUUGAGCAUAGAUACUACGGGAAAUCCAUACCCUUCGGGUCCAUGAAAAAAGCAAUGAAAAAUGCAAACACGAGAGGCUAUUUCAACUCAGCCCAAGCUCUAGCAGACUAUGCUACGGUGCUUUUACAUAUAAAGGAACGUUUGUCUGCUCAGAGUUCUCCCAUCAUCGUUAUCGGAGGAUCCUAUGGUGGAAUGCUUGCCUCAUGGUUCAGGCUAAAGUAUCCCCACAUUGCUCUCGGUGCCCUGGCUUCAUCAGCACCAAUUCUAUAUUUCAGUGGCCUCGCCCCGAAAGCCGGAUAUUACUAUAUUGUCACCAAGGAUUUUAAAGAAGCUAGUGAGAGCUGCUACCAAACUAUACGUAAAUCGUGGUCUGAAAUUGACAGAGUAGCCAAGAUGCCUAAUGGCCUUUCAAUUCUCACCAAGACAUUUAGAACUUGCAGAAAACUGGACAACAGUUCUGAGCUGAAGAAUUACUUGGAUUUAACAUAUACGGAGGCAGCUCAGUAUAAUGAACCUCCAGAGUACCCAGUUAGUGUGAUCUGUGAAGCCAUUGAUGCAGCAGCGAAGAAAACAGAUACUCUCGGCCAAAUAUUUGAAGGUCUGGUGGCUUAUAACGGAAAUGAGUCUUGCUACGACACGAAUCAGUUCAAUCACGACACCCAAACUAACAUCGGAUGGAACUGGCAGAGCUGUAGCGAGAUGGUGAUGCCAAUCGGUCAUGAUAGGAACGAUACAAUGUUCCCACCGGCUCCAUUCAGUCUGAAGAGCUUUGUGGAUAGAUGCAGGAGUUUGUAUGGCGUUCGUCCACGGCCUCAUUGGGUGACAACGUAUUAUGGGGGUCCUGACUUGAAACUGAUUCUGUAUAGAUUUGCCAGCAACAUUAUCUUCUCCAAUGGAUUGAGAGAUCCGUACAGUUCCGGCGGGGUGUUGGAGGAUAUAUCCGAUAGUAUCAUUGCAGUGUCAACGGUCAAUGGAUCUCAUUGCCUGGACAUACUUGAAGCGAAACCAAGUGAUCCUGAAUGGCUGGUGAUGCAGAGGAAGGCAGAGAUCAGGAUAAUCAAAGGCUGGAUCGCCGAGUACCAAGCCGAUAAAGUUGCAUUAAAUAAGCAAGUUCAUCAGUAACACAACAAAACUCCAACGCGGAUGAGCAAAUUAAGAAGGAGAUGUUAUAAUCAAUGUAAUACAAGAUGAUGAUGAGAAUGUUUAGUGUCGAAGGAAAUGAUUGGAAGCAAGAGUGGUAUGGGGAACUCAAUUGAAUAAGAUGAGAUGAAGGGAACGUCGAAGUGUAGUAGUGGUGUAGUGAGUGGCGAGAUAUUAAAUGCAUGAUGACAGCUAUAAUAGUGAUCGAGAUUUGUGCCUGUUACACGCGGAAUCCACCAAUGCAGGGCUCUGAAUGGAGCCUGAAAAUGCAUUCAACAUCCAAUAAUUCAUUUAUAUGUGAUUAUCAGUGUCGGAAACCCCCGGGGGGGGGGGGGGCACAAGGCAAUUAUGCUUCCCUUGCAGCGAGCACCUACUCCACUUAUUCUAAACAUAUCCUUAAUCGUGACGAAAUUGUUAAAUUAAAUAAAUAAACAAUGCCUUGCCCUGCGCUUUAGUAUGUAUGUGUCUUUUGGAGACAUUAAGCCUAUUUAAUUCACCCAGUAAGAGUCAAGUCCCACCACCUACGUGAUCCGAUCCCGCGUGGAAAAUUGGAAAUGUACUCUUGAUUAUU